UUGGUCUCUGCGCCCUGCAGUAAAGUUUCCUCUGCGGGGUGGCACACAGGGGAGAAGUUAUAGAAAGGAGACGCUAAACAUCACCAAACUUGGAGGCUCUCUGCGUCGGAAGGUGGAGAACAGCAGAGGGAAUAAAGUGUUAGGAGUGAGUCAAAGCCGCUUAAAAAAAAAGACACCCGCGGUGGGUGGACAAGGGGUGUGCGAGUUGGUGGGUGUCGCUGCUGAUGUCACACCCCCUCGAACAGCCGCGAUUGGACCCUAAUUAGAAAUCUCGGCAGCAAAUAGAUAGGCGUCCUGCAUGAUUGAGCCCAAAGUGGCUGAUGCCAAAAAAAAAAAAAAAUCAGCAGGGGCGGAGAGGAGAGGAGCGGAGCGGAGCAGACAGAGAGCUGCCAGGCUGCGCUGACAGCAAAGGUUUACAUCCUAGAGCUGGUGACGAGCUGGACUUUCUACAGCGAGACCCUCCCCGGUGAUAAUAUUCACACAGAAAAAAGACAGAGCGUUGAUCUGUAUAUACACAAAGAGAGGGAGGGAGAAGGAGGAGAGAGGACGCGGCGCUGCUCGGAGAGGCUGUCGAGACAAGUGCGAAGGAGAGUCGGCUCCAAGUUGCCCCUGCGCUCCGCUCCUGCGCCGAUGGCAUCCGUGCUUGGGAACAGCAGCCGCGCGUCGGGCGCUCCGAGCGGCCAGGUCAGGUGCAAGCUGAAGCGGAGGAGGAGGAGGCGAUCCAAGAGAAGAGCAGAGAAAGUCAGUAUGCUGUCGGCAUUGAUCGCUCCCUUCAAGUACGUAAGCCCUGGGACCAGCAGCACGGAGGACGAGGACAGUUUAAGCACAAGCAGUGCAGAAGUAAAGGAGAACCGUAACGUCGGUAACUUGGAGGAUCUCUCCAUCAGCUCCGGAGAGUGCCAGUCGCUUUUCUGCUCGGACUCUUCCAGAGGGGGCAGCUCGGGUUUGAAGAGGAAGCGGCCCUUGGAGGAAGACAACAACGGCCACCUGUGUCAGCUCCGUCUGAUCUAUAAGAAACUCUCCUGGUCGGAGGCUCCAAAGAAUGCCCUAGUGCAGCUAAACGAGCUUCGGCCGGGCCUCCAGUACCGCAUGGUGUCCCAGACUGGCCCUGUCCAUGCUCCCGUCUUCUCCAUCGCCGUGGAGGUCAAUGGACUGACCUUUGAGGGCAGUGGACCCACAAAGAAGAAAGCAAAGAUGAGGGCUGCAGAACUGGCCCUCAAAUCCUUCGUCCAGUUUCCCAAUGCUCCCCAGGCCCACCUGGCCAUGGGUAACAUCUCAAACCCUUCAGCAGACUUCACGUCCGACCAGGCCGACUUCCCAGACACCCUCUUUAAGGAGUUCGAGUCCUCGCCGUGCGCCGACGGCCUCGCGCUUUGCAACCCCGCGAGCGAGAGCGAGCUGCUCUCAAGUGAGUUGCUGAGACACGGACGGCUGCUUCGUCACACGUUGGACCUCAUGGUCCAGGCCCAGCAGAGGCUCGGCGGGAUCGUCCCAGAGCCCGAGACGCCAAAGAGCCCGGUGGCAUUGCUCAACGAGCUCCGGCCCGGCCUGCGCUACGCUUGUCUUUCAGAGCGAGCCGAAGGCCGGCGGCUGCGGAGCUUUGUGAUGGCGGUCCGCGUGGAUGGGCGGAUAUUUGAGGGCUACGGUCGCAGCAAGAAGCUCGCCAAGACCCAGGCGGCCCAGUGUGCUCUUCAGGCCCUCUUCGACAUCAGGACAGCCCCUGAAGGAAGGACGGGCCUCAAAGCCAGCAGGAAGAGUUGUCCUCAUUUACCCCAGGUGAGUGAAGUCCCGUUCCAAAUGCCGGGGGUUACGCUAAGCUUCUUUGGCAGCCACUCUGUGUCCUACAGCGGCCUGUAAUGACCAAAACAGCAGGCAUGCAGCAAAACCCCAAACACCUUCCAAAGAGUAAUUAAGCUAGAAAUGAGAACGGAGCUAAAGAUAGUGGGAUGAAAGACAGAAUCGCCGCGGCAGAGAUGGAGAUACGAGUAAGCAAGUGGGGAUUUAUCUGGUGUCAAAUUUGUCUUCUAUUCAUUGUGGAGGCUUGGAUGUUCGAGUAAACAAUAUCUGUUUGUUGGUCUGUUUUAAUGGAAUAGCAUGUAAAUGAAGCUAAUUAUUAUCCCAGUGCCUCUGACACACAAGAUUUCUCCACAACCCAAAUGACUUUUUUUAAUUUUUUUUUUUUUUUUUCCACAGCCGUAUAUGUUUGCAGAGCUGUAAUUGGGAAGGUUUUACAAUUUUGCAAAAUCUCCUGUUUCCUCAUGUGUGGCAUCGCAGUGUCUACAAACAUUAAUUCAAUCUGUAGCCCAAAGG